AUGGUAAAUUUGUAUUUUGCACUAGAUCAAGGAACUAAUGGUGGUGAAAAGAUUGGAACAAGAGGUGCAUUAAAUAUGGGGACAAGUGGAGGUGGUGGAGAAGGAACUAGUGGUGGUGGGAAUAUUAUAACCGGAGGCCAUAUUGGUAGAGGUGGCAAUGGAACUAGUGGUGGUGGACGGAUAAUAAACGGAGGACGUCUAGGUGGAGGCGGAGAAGGUACUAGUGGUGGUGGAUGGAUUAUAAAUGGAGGACGACGUGGUGGAGGUGGUGAUGGAACUAGUGGUGGUGGACGGAUUAUAAUUGGGGGACGUCGUGGUGGAGGUGGAGAAGGUACUAGUGGUGGUGGACGGAUUAUAAUUGGAGGACGUCGUGGAGGAGGUGGCGAUGGAACUAGUGGUGGUGGACGGAUUACAAAUGGAGGACGUCUAGGUGGAGGUGGGGACGGGACUAGUGGUGGUGGACGGAUUAUAAUUGGAGGACGUCGUGGAGGAGGUGGCGAUGGAACUAGUGGUGGUGGACGGAUUAUAAAUGGAGGACGUCUAGGUGGAGGUGGGGACGGGACUAGUGGUGGUGGACGGAUUAUAAAUGGAGGACGUCGUGGAGGAGGUGGAGAAGGUACUAGUGCUGGUGGACGGAUAAUAAAUGGAGGACGUCGUGGUGGAGGUGGAGAGGUUACUAGUGGUGGUGGACGGAUUAUUAUUGGAGGACAUCUUCGUGGUGGAGGCGGAGACAGAACUAAGGGUGGUGGACGGGUUAUAAUCGGAGGACAAUGUCUUUUUGGUGGAUGA